CCUUGAUUGAUGGUGUACCGCGGACAGGGACUACUGACGUCUUUUUCUCCGAAUCCCGAAUUCUUCAUGGUGGCUUCGGGUGCUUCAAGUCUUUUUGUUACUGCCUCCCAGUGAAUUUUAAUACUCCCACCUUCUUCUUUAUGAUUCUCGUUGUUGAGUCCAUUUUUUCCUGUGAUGGCGGGCAAAGAUGGAGAAGAAAUUAUCAAGCAAGGCUUGAUGAUCAAAAGGUCACAGAACAAGAAGCGGUUCACUCCAAUAAAUUAUAAACAGCGAUGGUUCGUUUUAACCCGGAAACAUCUAAUUUACUAUGAUACUGAAGGAGAGGAAUUGGUGCCCAAAUCCGCGACAGGUGGUUACGGAAAUUUACCAUGUUUACAAAGCCUUCACCUUCUUCUAAAUAGGCGGAGGAAAGAACGCGGUAGAAUUCAGCUAAACAGUGUCAAUGUCAUUGAGAAUGCUGUCAUAUCUUCCGUGCCGCUCAACUCAUCGAUUCAAGAUUUAAACUCAAGUCUAAGCCUGGUUGACAAUAAUUGCAGUGUCCUCAAUUCUUCUGCUUCUGGCUACCCAUUUCAGCUGUGUUAUAUAGACUCAUCCGGUCAGGAGUAUACCCUGUACCUUAUCACAGCAAGGGAACAGGACAGAACUGAUUGGCUCAUAGCCUUGAGAGAAGUGUGCACAAAUAAUUUAAAUUUGUCCACAAACUAUCAUCCAGGAUUGUGGAACGGAAAACGAUGGGAAUGUUGUAGGGCUUCAACUCGCUACUUGACUGGAUGCGAGUCAUGUUCAGAGUGGCUUAAUCCGGAAAACCCUCUUCCCCUCGAUAAUGCCUCUGUUGAGCUUCAGCAGUUGAACAACGCCAAUCAUUCCCAGAACAUCAACCGAGUUGGUAGCUUAGUCACGCCAGCCAUGCCCGGUGGAACGCCUGCCUUAAAAGCAAAAGAGCCCAUGGUUCGAACAAAAGUUGUUGUAGCCUUAUAUCCUUUCAAAGCCAUCGAGGGUGGAGAUCUCUCUUUAGAAAAGGGUGCUGAGUAUCAAGUGUUAGAUGAUUCUCAGGAACACUGGUGGAAAGUCAAGGACCAGCAUGGGUCUAUCGGUUACAUUCCCAGCAAUUAUGUGAAAGAAAAAGAAUUAUUAGGAUUACAAAAAUAUGAGUGGUAUGUUGGUGACAUGUCAAGACAAAGGGCAGAGUCCUUGUUGAAACAAGAAGAUAAAGAAGGCUGUUUUGUAGUACGAAAUUCCUCCACAAAAGGAUUGUACACUCUCUCAUUGUAUACUAAAGUACCCCACCCGCAUGUCAAACACUACCAUAUCAAACAGAAUUCAAGGGCAGAAUUUUUCCUAUCUGAAAAACACUGUUGCAAUAGUAUUCCAGACUUAGUUAACUAUCAUAGGCACAAUAGUGGUGGACUUGCAUCUAGACUGAAAACAUCUCCUUGUGAUAGACCUGUGCCAGCGACUGCUGGUCUUAGUCAUGAUAAGUGGGAAAUUGAUCCUGCGGAGCUCAUGUUGCUGGAAGAGUUAGGUUCUGGACAAUUUGGUGUUGUACGACGCGGCAAGUGGCGUGGAUCAAUCGACACGGCUGUAAAAAUGAUGAAAGAAGGCACCAUGUCGGAAGAUGACUUCAUCGAAGAGGCUAAAGUCAUGACAAAACUUCAGCAUCAAAACCUAGUCCAACUAUAUGGAGUCUGCAGUAAACAUCGACCAAUUUAUAUUGUCACUGAGUAUAUGAGACAUGGAUCUUUGUUGAAUUAUCUUAGGCGGCAUGAAAAUACUUUGGGAGGUAAUGUUGGCCUCCUCCUGGACAUGUGUAUUCAAGUUUGUAAAGGAAUGGCUUAUCUAGAAAGACAUAACUACAUUCAUCGGGAUUUGGCAGCGCGGAAUUGUCUUGUUGGAUCUGAAAAUGUUGUGAAAGUAGCUGAUUUCGGCUUGGCAAGAUAUGUAUUAGAUGAUCAGUAUACAAGUUCCGGUGGCACAAAGUUUCCUAUAAAAUGGGCUCCUCCAGAAGUUCUUAAUUACACCAGGUUCUCCUCCAAAUCGGAUGUUUGGGCUUACGGUGUUCUCAUGUGGGAAGUAUUCACCUGUGGUAAAAUGCCUUAUGGUCGUCUAAAAAAUACUGAAGUCGUUGAACGAGUUCAAAGAGGGAUCAUCCUUGAGAAACCGAAAAACUGCUUCAAAGAAGUUUAUGAGGUCAUGCGACAGUGUUGGUCCCAGUUCCCUGAUGAUAGGCCAUCCUUUAGAAAUCUUAAAGAACAAUUGUCCGUAGUAUCGCAGGGAUUACUAGCGGAUUGAUUAAACGCGCUUCAUCAAGCUGCGAAAGGUGCUUCAAAUUGUCCGCUUUGUGCUUUAAUUGGUUCUGACCAUCACUUUAUUGCAUUAUAUAAAACUUUACAAAUCAGCAAACAUAAAAAUCAUUUAGGAACUCUAUAAUUCCAUUUGUUAAAAGUCAUUUGUAUCUUUGUAAUUUUUUAUUAUUGUAAUUUCUUUUACUUUUUUAUUUUUAUUUUUCUUUAAGUUUUUUCUAAUUUGUUUUAAAUUCUUCGACAAUUCUACUGUUGAAUAAUCAGUAUUCCUACUUUCAAUACUCAGAAAUUUUAAUUUGCAUUUGAAUCAACUACCUAACGAAGAACAAUCAAGUCUUUUAAUAUCGAACAAUCGCUUAAAUCUGAAUACUUACUUUUUCUCUCAGGACUUUCUCAAAUUCCCUGACUGAUCUGUCAUUGUGGACUUGUGAAUUGUUGUGGUGCAAGACAUUGAAUCGAGAACUUUACAUUCGCCUCAAAGGCAGCAGUAUUACUUGCCGUAGCACAAGAGGGCUCUGCUCUUUGCUUUUUAAUGUCAUUUUUGUUAGAUAAUACUAAGCAUCAAACAGUAUUAGCCUAUUGAGUGCCCCUCCCCCAUUUUGCCAAGGAAGUGAGUCUUUCACUGGCAAGGAGAUGAUUUAAUGUUGAAAUAAGUCAUUCUCUGGGUCAUAAAUUUUAAUUCCUCCCCUUGUCUUUAGAAACCAGACCCAUCGUCAUGAAACAGACCAUAAACUGCAUUCACUUGAUUUUACAAAACAGUAGAAAGUAAAUUCAACAAUGAGAGCUAAUAUAAAAUAAAGCAUUGCUUUAUUGCUGUCUUCUCGGACGAACAGAUAGUAGCAUCAUUGUAUUUAUAGAUUUGCAUUACUAGAAUGAACUGGUUUGUUUUUCUUUUGUGGCGUUGAAAAGUCAAGGUUUUAAUAUGAUUGCUAUUUUACUAACUCCUAAACUUCACUUGGCAAGGGGUAUCUUGAUACAAUGGAGAAAAAAACAAAGAAAAUAAAUAAUUGCACAAGUAUGUCCUUUUUCAUGAGUUAUCGAGCAUCUGUUUUUACUGCCACAUACACGUAUGUAAUUUUUAUAGGUUUUCAUUGUAAAUGUUAAAAUUUAUUGUGAUUAAUAAUGCUCUUUCUCUUUUACCAGACUUCUAAAUGUAAGCACAUUCCCAUAAAUGACUCAAAAAGAUUCAAAUCCACAAAAAAAGCUAUCUCUAUUUGCUAAAAAAGCCUUCACAAAAAUCAAAAAUUUCUCCUGCUUUUUCUUUUUGUCACCAAUUCGUCUCAAACUCUAAAUUGUUUGUAUGAAAAAAGAAUUUUUACUCUGCAAUAGAAAAAUACCGCUUUCCUAAGCACUAGAAAAAUUUACUCAUCAGUUUGAAGAUGAUUGAGAAAAGGCACAAAGACCUAACACUUGAGAUUUUUGCGAGAGAUUCUACUCAUUCUCUAGACAAACAAUCUUUUAGACUCAUUCCUUCAAUAAUAUGUUUUUCUUCCUUUUAUUAGGCAAAUAGACUCUAGGAUUUUCAUCUUCUGUGCCAAAUUAUGUUAUUUUAUCUUUAAGUUCAGAGAAUGGAGGUUUUCCAUUAUGAAAAUUGCAGGGUAAAAUACAACAAAGCUAUGCAUACAUUUAAACGAAAUUAGGCUCUUAGAAUUUCAGCAAUCGCAGACAUUUAUGACAUUCAAUUUGCGAAUCAUAAUGGAAUAUCCAUUGAUUUCAAAUAGUAAUCUCAGUAAAAUUAGAGAAUAUCAUGGAAUAAACCAAAUUGAAAGAUGGCAAGUGGUGAAAGCAAUAUAUCAAGUCAUCAUGAAAUGCGCCAUACAAUAUCUAACUUACUUUAGAUUAUAACACCAUCUACAUCACUCGAGAACUCUGUAAAUAGCUACUUGGGCAAACAACUUUUCCCUCUGCAUUAUGAAUUAAAAUUAACAUUUUGUAAUUCUGCCCUAAAUCUAUUUGAAGUCAUUCUUAUCCCAACUUUUUUGAAUUGCAAGACAAGUUCUUUUCUGUAGAUUGGAACUGUACCUGUAGGACAGUUAUGUUAAUGAAACCAAAGGAUUCAUGUUCACUUCAUCAAUUUUUGACAAAAGUCCAGGAAAUUUUCCCGUUGCCCUCCUCUCAAAAUCUUUGUGACAGUGAAUAUUUUUUCUCACAUAUUUUUAAUAUUGUUAUUAGAGUCAAACAAUUAUACAGAUUGAGCUUAUUAGUCUUAAAUUUUUGUCAAAAUCUCUCUGUAUCAUGUAUCAAUCAAGUUAGCUGUAUCAUAGCUGUAUGAUUUGCAUUGAAACUUGUGCCAAACUCAUAAAAUGAGGUGCAUAUUUUCCCUUAUUCCUUGAAGAAAGUUACUUGCAUUUCUUUAGACUAAGAAUAUUUUAAACGAAAGAUUGUCUUUCAAGAGCUACUGUAAAGAAAUUCAAUUAGAAAGCUACCAUAUUAGUGAAUAUUGUCAGACGAAGCUGUAAAGCUAAGUCCUUUUAUUACUAAUGUAGCGCAUCAGGAAAACUUAAUUGGUGACUUGAUAGUCACUUAGGUAAUUAAUGAGCAUGCUCAGUCGAAUGAAUCAGGCAAUUAUUUGAGCUACAUUCUUUUUGUGUUUGUUUUCUAGUUCGCGGUCAGCCCAGGUAUUGAUGCCCCUUCAGAGGUCAACAAGGGCGUAGUGAAUCUUUUUGGCAUUGGUUUAGACGGCAGAGUAGCCGCACUUCAAAUAGACCAAAAGCCUCUUAUCGUCUCCCUUCCUUCAGGAAAGUAAUUAGAGAGCUCUUGAAGGGGGAAAAGAAUUACCUUUCAUGGUGUUAUUAAAGUGAAUCAGUGGGUUUUACAUUCACCGCAGAAGCUUUACGAACUCUUGUAAAGCAUGUGCAAUGUUCUUUUUGCAUUUUAUGUGAUACAAACUCAUGUCAUUAAGACUCAGUCUUUUCAAGUUCUCAUAGUUCUAAUAAGUAAUUAUGAAAUGUAUUAGAGCAAUAUGAAACUGCAACAAAAAAAUAGAAGGCACCAAAACGAUCAUCAUAAACACAGUAUUAUACCAGUCAGAUUCCUUCCUCUAUCCAAGAAACCAUUGCAAAUGUAAACCAGCAGAAAGUCUUUUUUAUCGGAAUUUUUGUUUUUAAUAAUAAUUGAUCGCUGACGCCAUCAAACAUAUUUAUCCAUUGCCUAUCAGACUAGCUGUAACAUCAUGUUACUUUUAGGUAGCUCUGUCAAGUUGAAACCAGCCCUAAAACUUCUAACACAUUCCUCUGUAAGUGAAAUUCUGUAGACCAAGAACUCAAAAAGUUGUUCAUGCGCGAAAAAAUUUGUAUUUUGUGGCCUCUGUUGUACUCGAUAAACAGUGAGCAUUUUGGUUAAUAUGUAAAAUUUGUUUUGUCUUUCUUUUAGAUUAUGUGUAUUUUUAUUUUAUGCUUUAUAAAGUACCUAGUUUUGAUCUCAAGUAGACUUUGUUUUGGAAUUGUGAUUUGUACCUAUUACUGCAGUGUUUUAACCCGGAUUCAGUCACUUGGUUUUUCUCCUGCGUAAAAUAUUAAAGUUUUGGAUUGAUUUUUGUACUGCCUAACCUGCAGAGUGUGGUGUUGAUUGUACAAACCGACAGUCAUAGGAUCAGAAUACGUGACUCCGCUUUCAUUGCCUGUUUAAAUGUGCCCUUCCAAGCAGACUUUUUAGUUAGAAAAAGCAAUCAACUUUGAAAGAAGGUCCAAAUUUAUUGCACUCUCAGUUAGACAAUUUAGCAGAUGGUAUACACAUACUUCUGUUAUCUAAGGUGCAGCUAAGGAGCUCAAAAGAUCUAGAGACUUGAGACCCAAAGUAGGCAUAUUUUAGCCAGCACAUUAGGCUUAAAAUUGUUAAAAAUAUGUAUCAUGGAUUCACAUUAGAACUGAAAACACUUUGAUAUUCUCUCUAAAAAGUACCAAUAUACAUUAUGUCAAUUUGAUUGAAUUUAGAGGCAGAUAUUUUCCUUGAUUUAAGCUGAUACUCUCAAAUAUAUUUAUUUACAGUCAUCUGCUAAUCAAGCAAACCGAACAGCUUAAGCUAUCUGCAUUCGUUUAGGAGGCAAUAAACUUAGGUCCCUGGACUUUUUCAGUUUGCACAGCGUUAAUGGUCAAUGAAAAAUGAGUCAAUUAAAAUGAUCCUGAAGCGUUAUCUACUUGAUCUUGCAGGGCAAUAAAAAUUCAUGAGGUCAUGGAAAAAAAAUGGCUCAGUUCUUCUUCAUCGGCAUAUGCUGAGAAGGUAAAUGCAUAAUUAAUUUGCUACACUCUUUUUUCCUCUGAACUACGUACUAUUUAAAACUAAUUUUCUUGUUGUCUUCAGGUAGAUUAAGAAAGCUUUUUAUCAAUAUUUCCGGAAUAAAUGAUCUUUGAGAACUUGGGGGCACUUUUGUAUGGUGCCUUAAGCUUAACAGCAAGGAAGUGGACGUUCAAAUCUUGAUGACCAUGAAAAUUUUUUCUUCGGGAACUUGGGACCCCUCCUAUGGUACAUAGGCAAAACUUUUUUUUUUCUCCAAAAGUAUUCCUCCUUUCCUCUCAGAAGGAUCAUCAUGAGUUUUGGUACGAGUCAAUGGUUUUUUGAGACAUCAGUUCUCUGGUUUAAUCAUCAGAAAGUAAAAGAUUGGACCACCGAUUUUCAGAACGAGUUCGAAAAAUACCUUGGUUGGUAUGAAACAUAAGUGAUGGGAUGUAUGUAAUGAACAAUUUUUCUGAAAUAAAGUUGAUGUUUUAGGGUCGUUGAUUAUGAGAGAGUAAAUCUUGUGUGAUGGUUUUUUUGGAUGGUUUCUUUCAUUAUUCUUGUUUGUUCAUUACCAAUUUUCCUCAGAGGGGUUUAUCGUGUUUCACUUCUCCUCUCUUCAUGACCCAAACAAGUUUCUUUUGGACUUCAAGAAAAAAUGUAUUUCAUGUGCCCAAAUUCUAUUUAAUGACAAGAAAGAACAGAGGAAAAAAGAUGAAAGAAUCUACAGUCUGUAGAUCUUGAAAAUUUAUUGUGUUACCUUUAAAAAAUUGAAAUCAUUUUGAUUGAAUUCCACUCGCUCAUUUAUAAUUAUUUUAACUGCUCACGUUAAGAACCAAAUUAAUCCUUCUGUGCUUCAACACUCACAUUUUUUGUGAUUUUAGCUCAAAAAAGUUGAAGCUAGCAUUUCAGACAGAUGAGGAAGAAAUGAAUUAUUUCGAUCCAUGAUAAAAUAAUUCCUGACAUUAUUAGGAAUCAAGUCUUACCUAUAGGUACAUCAUUUUUUAUUUUCUAUUAUUAAUUUAUGAUAUAAAAUGCAACGGUUUAUUUUAAUUUUAAAUAUAAUGGAUCUUGCAUUGAAUGUGAAGAGACGAACAAAUUAUUCAGAAAUGGCGUUGUUAAUUAUUCGUGUCAAACUCAUACUACAUCAUCCUCUACUGAGAACAUUUAUUAACACUCCACAGCGUCCCUCAAACAAUGUUACACAUAAUCCUUUGAACUUCUAAAAUAUUUUUUAAAUAUGCUAUUAAUGACAGUUAUUCAUUAUUUUUGGGGAAAAAGUUUCCUCCCCAACUCAUACCUUCAUUAAUGUAAGGGUAGUGACUUUCCAGAAACUUAUUUGUUUUGAAUUCUACAAAGCAAAUGGACAAAAAUCUGUAUAUAAGCAUUGUUAUGCUGUUUAUCUACUCAGUAUUGUUUUUACUGCAAUGUUUGUACUGAUUUAUAUCUAAGAUAUUCAAUAAAUAUUGGUAGAAAUUCA